AUGAUCGGAGUGGGCGUGUGCGUGUGGCGGUUCGUAGCGAGGCAGUACCAGUGGCAGGGGGAGCGGCAGGGGGAGCUGCGGCAAUGGUGCUCGCAGCGAGCCAUAAUGCUGGAGCAGCAGCUGCUGGUGCACACAGGCCAGACGCAGACGCUGGCAGGCCUGGUGUCAUCCCUGGGUCGCGUGGCCGAGGGCGGCCAACGGGCACUGGACACGUGUCUCUCUGAGAGGCGCUGGCUGGCGUAUCUCAGCCAAACCACGUCCACCAGGCCUGGAGGCGUUGGGGCGUCUGCGUGUCUUUAUGUCACAGACACUCAAAGGCUUGCCUUUGAGCAGCGGCUCAAUGCCUCCAUCAUAGAUGCGUUCACCAGCCGGCCACGCGCACCUGCUUCACUCUACUGCCCCAAGGUGCUGGACAGCGAGUCAGGGACCCCAGCGAGUCAAGGUCUCCUCUCAGACGCACUCCAGGCCUUUCCCUCGGAGCUCGCUCUCGUGCGCGCCUCUGCCAAGGAGACGUUCACGCUGCCCUACGCCACCACUGCCACUGGAACUGCUGGACUGGGGAUGGUGUUUCCAGUGCUGCAGCAACCACUCCCCGCGUCCUCCUCGCAGCAGCAACAGGCAGCAGUGGUGGGAGCAGUGACCGCCACCAUCAACCUCACUGCCAUCGUGCAGAGCGUACUCUCAGAGAUCUUCUCCUCCUCCACUCCAUCCGCACCCACUGGCAGAUCAUUUGAGCUCUACGACACAACAGACCCCGCCUCUCCACUCGUGCUUGCCGGCCCCACGCCGCUGUCCUUCCAGCCGCAGCCCUGCCAGCCUGUCGCCCCGCUGCUGCCAGCCCCCCCCUCGGUGCUGCGUGUGUGGGAGAAGCGGGCCGUGGUCAACCUCACCCUCCCUGCUGCUGGGCCCAGGCGCUACCAAGUGUGGUGCAGGUUCACGGAGCCCCCGUCUCGGUUUGUUGAGUACGGAAUGCCCAUCCUCUUCAGCCUGCUGGUGCUCGCCAUGACAGCGCUGGUGGUGGUGGUCGCAUGGCUGCAGCGGCGGCAGUAUGAGCAGAGCAGGCGGGCAGCGGUAGAGGCGGAUGCGAUGAGGAGGGAGGCGGAGGGGGCGGAGAGGAGCAAGAGCUGCUUUGUCGCCAGCAUGACCCACGAGCUGCGCACCCCCAUGCUUGGCAUCAUUGGCAUGCUAGACGUGCUCUCGGACUCGCAUCUCUCCCGAAAUCAGCUCUCAGAUUUAAGCACAGCCCGCUCGUCCGCUCUGAAGGUGCUGAAGCUGGUGAAUCAGGUUCUUGACCUCUCCAAGCUGGAGGCGGGGCGGCUGCUGCUGGAGAUGGGCGGGUUUGACGUGCGCUCGUGGGUGGAGGGGGAGGUGACUCGGCGGUGGGUGGAGGCUGAAGAGAGGAACGUGCACUUGGCAGCAGUAGUGGCUGCCGGUGUGCCGCAGCAGCUGGUGGGGGAUCAGCUGCGCCUCGCCCAAGCACUCUCUCAAGUCAUGGACUAUGCCUUGUCAUUCACGCCGCACGGGGGCUGCGUGCUGGUCCGGGUGGCUGUGGCGGAUGUUGACGUGCCCUUGACUCAGCUGGCUCAGCGGAAUGCGUCCUAUGCAGCAGUCAGCAGCGCGCGGGUGACUACACUGAUAGGCUCAGACGGUGUGACUAUAAAAGGGCUUGCUGACUCAGCAGCAGCGGCGGCUUGUGUUGCUGGUAGUGCUGGGCUGUCCAGUGAAGAGCAGAACCUUUGUCCACCUAUGCGUGCACGCAAUAGGCUCAAUAUGCGCAAACGGCUAGGAUAUGGCAGCGUUAGUGUAUGUGACUGUAGAGGGGUAGGACAGCGCAACCUCCGUGGUCCCUGCAUAGGUAAUAACUGUACUGGUAACCGUACUAUGAGAGGUCGUAAUAGCCAUACAGUCAAUGUGAAUGGUGACUGUGACUACACAGGGGGGAGGAGAGCAGCAGCAGCAGGGGGGAUGAUGCAGCUGGUGGUCACGUGUGAGCAUAGCGGGUGUGACAACAGCGAGACCAUGAAUGGAUUCAUGUUCCGAUUUGAGGAGAUGCGUAGCCUGCAGGAGGGAGCUAAGGAAGCUGCUGCAAAGCUCAGCCUCGUGUUGGCUAAGCAACUGGUGACUCUAAUGAAGGGUGACAUGAUCUGCAAGCCGCAUGGGGCGGGACCGCUCGGACCUUUCGGGAGUGCUGGUGGUGGUGGCGGAUGGGCAGCCAGAGAGAACAAAGCUAACUUCCCGUGUCUUGACACAUCUAGGAGCAUCUGUGCUGCUGGCAAACGAUGA